GUCGGGCUCCUAACAACGGGGGAGGCUGGUAACCAGGGAGGGGGGGAUGGCGGAGCGGGCGCCCGAGCCCGAGGCGGAGGCGGAGGCUGAGGCGGGCGCAGGCGGGGAGGCGGCGGCCGAGGAGGGCGCGGCGGGCCGCAAGGCGCGGGGCCGGCCGCGGCUCACGGAGUCGGACCGGGCCCGGCGGCGGCUCGAGUCCCGGAAGAAGUACGACGUGCGGCGCGUGUACCUGGGCGAGGCGCACGGGCCCUGGGUGGACCUGCGGCGCCGCAGCGGCUGGAGCGACGCCAAGCUCGCCGCCUACCUCAUCUCGCUGGAGCGCGGCCAGCGGAGCGGCCGCCACGGGAAGCCUUGGGAGCAAGUCCCCAAAAAGCCAAAGCGGAAGAAACGGCGGCGGCGGAACGUGAACUGCCUGAAGAACGUGGUCAUCUGGUACGAGGACCACAGGCACCGCUGCCCCUACGAGCCGCACCUGGCCGAGCUGGACCCCACCUUCGGCCUCUACACCACGGCCGUGUGGCAGUGCGAGGCCGGCCACCGGUACUUCCAGGACCUCCACUCGCCGCUGAAGCCGCUCAGCGACUCGGACCCCGACAGCGACAGAGUGGGCAAUGGCCUGGUGGCCGGCAGCUCCGACUCGUCCGGCUCCGGCUCCGACUCUGAGGAGCCCCCCGAGGGUCAGCCGGCCAAGGUGACAGCGGCCGCGGCGGCGGUCACCCCGGCCAGCCCAGCGGGCAGCAGCGGGCUCAUCACGCAGGAGGGCGUGCACAUCCCCUUCGACGUGCACCACGUGGAGAGCCUGGCUGAGCAGGGCGCCCCGCUGUGCCCCAACCCGGCGGGCGGCGGGCCCGAGGGCCUGGAGACGGUGGUGUGUGUGCCCGUGCCUGUGCAGGUGGGCCCCGGCCCUGGCACCCUCUUCGAGAACAUGCCCCAGGAGACACUGGGCGAGGUGGUGGCAAGCUGUCCCAUGCCCGGCAUGGUGCCCGGCUCGCAGGUGAUCAUCAUCGCGGGCCCCGGCUACGACGCCCUCACGGCCGAGGGCAUCCACCUCAACGUGGCAGCGGGCAGCGGGGCCCCCGCUGGGGGCCUGGGCGAUGAGGUGCCCUGCGCCAUGAUGGAGGGUGUGGCGGCCUACACGCAGAUGGAGCCCGAGGGCAGCCAGCCUGGCACCGUGGACCCCGCCGCCAUGGCAGGCGUCGAGACCAAGAAAGAGAAGGAGGGCCUGUACACGCUCAAGAAGGAGAAGGAGGAGCCGGUGGCCCCGGAGCUGGCUGAGCUGGCGGCCACAGCGCCUGAGAGCGCAGAGCCCGAGGCCGCGGCAGACGGGGAGGAGCUGGACGGCAGCGACAUGUCGGCCAUCAUCUACGAGAUCCCCAAGGAGCCUGAGAAGAGGCGGCGGAGCAAGCGGGCGCGGGUGACGGACGCCGACGGCCUGCUCGAGAUGUUCCACUGCCCCUACGAGGGCUGCAGCCAGGUCUACGUGGCCCUUAGCAGCUUCCAGAACCACGUCAACCUCGUGCAUCGGAAAGGGAAGACCAAAGUGUGUCCCCACCCCGGCUGCGGCAAGAAGUUCUAUUUGUCCAACCACCUGCGGCGACACAUGAUCAUCCACUCAGGUGUCCGGGAAUUCACCUGCGAAACCUGCGGCAAGUCCUUCAAGAGGAAGAACCACCUGGAGGUCCACCGGCGCACGCACACCGGCGAGACGCCCCUGCAGUGCGAGAUCUGCGGCUACCAGUGCCGGCAGCGCGCGUCGCUCAACUGGCACAUGAAGAAGCACACGGCCGAGGUGCAGUACAACUUCACGUGCGAGCGCUGCGGCAAGCGCUUCGAGAAGCUGGACAGCGUCAAGUUCCACACGCUCAAGAGCCACCCGGACCACAAGCCCGCCUGACCGCCCGCCCGCCGCCCGCCCCUAUUUAUUCGUCCGCUCGGACGCCACGCCCGGGCCCGCCCGGACAGCCGCCGGGGCCGCCCGCGCCGCAGGC